GGGACAUGGCCAGUUUAAAUGUUGGAUGCAUAUCAUGAGUUUGAAACAGCAUUGAGCGGGUUUUCUUGUUAGGGAAGAGGGAGACAGUUUACAGUUCUGCCGUCUGACAUGCGUCUCCACGUUGUUAUCGCCGCUGUCUUUUGGUGUGGUUUCGUCGACUCGCGGAAAAUUAGAGGGAUAUCUUCGUCCUACAAGCGGUUCUACAGGGAGAGGAAGUCCUUCCUGUGCAUCGAUGGGUCGAAGAUCAUCCCCUUUGAGCAGGUGAACGAUGACUACUGUGACUGUGAAGACGGCUCUGAUGAACCAGGCACCUCAGCCUGUCCUCGUGGCCGAUUCUACUGCACCAAUCUGGGCUUCCGCCCACACUACAUCCCAUCAUCGCGAGUCAAUGAUGGCAUCUGUGAUUGCUGCGAUGCUUCAGAUGAAUACAACAGCCACGCUCGCUGCCAGAACACUUGCUGGAAUCUGGGACAGAGAGAGAGAGAAUACGUGGAGGGCCAGAUGAGGACCUUGGAUGAGGGUUUGCAACUCAAGCAGCAACUGAUUGAGGAGGGAGUGCUCCUCUGGAGGGAGAAACAGGCGCAGCUCAGAGAGCUUCAGCAGGUAGCCGAGGACCUACAGAUCAAAUUAGAGGAACACAGAAGGAAGAAACAUGAGGCCGACCGACUCAAAGAGCAAACAUUAAAGGCUCUGGAAGCAGGGGACAGCAGUCUCAAACGUCAGAACAGCUCAGUCAGCAGCACUUUCAAGUUACUGGACAGCAAUAAAGAUGGCAGUAUAACAGUGGAUGAAGUCCAGGCCAAAGUGGCACUCAUCCACGAUGAAGAGCGGGUUCUCUCGGACGAUGAAGCAAUGGCUUUGUUGGGAGGCGGCUAUCAGGUGGAUCUCACCAAGUUUCAACACACACUCUGGGACAUCCUGACAAAAGGAGACAGUGUCAAGAUCAAAGACACACAUGGAGCACCAGGCAGCCUUGUGGGUGAAGAUCCUCACUUGAAGGCAGCUGACAGAGCUGCAGAGUGGGAGGCUACCAAUCUGAAGAAGGUAGAAGAAGCCUAUGAGACAGUCAACAUGGAAAUAAGUGAUCUCCGGAAGAAGCUGGCCAUAGACUAUGGACCAGAUUGGGAGUUCCUGUUUUUGAACAGCCAGUGUUACAAGCUGAACGUAUAUGAGUACACUUAUACCCUGUGUCCGUUUAAUGAAGUCACUCAAAAGAGCACAGCAGGAACAGAGGUCUCAUUAGGGAGGUGGGGGAUGUGGGCCGGAACACCAAAGAACCAGUACAGUCAGAUGGAGUAUGAGAAUGGAGAACCCUGCUGGCAAGGAGGUUCACGCAGUACUACAGUCACACUGACAUGCGGAACGGAGACAGCCUUGCGAUCGGUGAAGGAGCCCAGCAAAUGCCAGUACAUCAUGGACUUUCAGACUCCUGUGGCCUGUCAGCCGGUGCUGAAGCAGCGGGGCAUACACAGUGAACUGUGACCCCUUCCCUUACUGGCCUAGCCUAGAUUAACUUGCCCCCCCCUUGGCUAGCCCGCGGUGACAAGCUGGGGUCCUGAGGGUCUCCUCUGACAUCUGUGUUGUCAGAACAUAUAUACUUCCAAGCAAGUCUUGCUAAGGUCAGAAUCUGGUUUUCAGUAACACUGCUCCUGGGCCACUUUAGUUUUCAUUAAUUGUCACGGUGUUGCUUUACAUUGCCAUGUGUUAAUAUUUGAAUAGAGCAUUAAUUGAAUUACUUAGUGUACACAAGUAUUCUUCACACUGUCAGUAUAUUCCUUAGACGGGUUAACACUUAAGGCCCAACAAAAUCAUUAUGUAAAUAAUGUAAUCAAUAAAGUGAAACUAGGGUGUAAUGGCAUUUCCACUAAUGUAACUGCUUUGUCAAAUGAAAGCACAAAUAAAUGGACUGUGUCCUUACUUCAUUAUACUGGCUACCUUGGUAUAGCCUUACUUAAAUUUUAAAGUUCAAGUCUAGUGAUAUUUAAAGUUUUUCUUCAGUAAAACCUUUGAAAAGAUCAAACCAGCAAUGGUUUCAUCCCUCUGUAGUAUUUCCUGUUUAGCCAAAGCCUGAGCUAGCUUAGCAUAGCGCUCUGUUGUCAUCCAAAAAUUAUUAAAAAGAUCAAUAAUCCACACUGUUGUACUGGGUGACAUUAUGAUGAACAUGAGCAGUGUAGUUUAUCUUUAGUCAGUCCACCAUGCACCAUCAGUCUGCUGUAAAAACUCACUCUAGUACCAAAUGUGUAUCAAUCCGCAGCUGAAAGUAGUCCCCAACAAAUGCACCAUUUACUCCUGUUUGAGUAACAUUGGCUAAAAACUACAGUGCCCAGCUGUUUUAGGGAAUUGUUUAGCCUCUUAAAACUGUAACUUUGUAUUUGUGACCUGUUACUACAGAUUUACAUCAUCAGAUGGGCUUGGGACUGAGCACCAGCAACACAACAGGGAAGUCAAAAGGUAUUGAGAGCCAAAGUAACACAUUGUUGUCUUUUCAAGAUUUUAAGAUGUUUUCUUGUCAGGAAAAAUACAAAAGACUGGGAGUUUUAUCCUUUAAAUACCUCUUUCACUGCACUAUAUUUCAGUAUUGAGCAACAUUACAGUGUAGAUUGCUGAAUAAAGACAGUGGCAUUGCUAUCAUUGUAACUGCUGUAUCAAAUAACUGCUUAUUCAUAAGCACAAAUAAAAAUUCUUCAUACUUUA